AUGGCUUCACUAACAGGAUCAGCGUGUCUUGAGAACUAUAGAAUUCAAGGCCUCCCAUCCAGCGCUUUCUACAUAUCGGAGUUCAUCAGUGAUUUGGAGGAGCAGGCGUUGUUGGAUAAGAUCCCCAAGCCUCGAUGGAAACAGCUCUCGAAAAGACGACUUCAAACAUGGCCGUCAGAGCUUGCCAAGAACACACUCCUCGAUACCUCGCUGCCGAAGUGGUUAAUUGAGCCCAUUAUCACACGAAUCCACUCUAUUCCUCUCACUGCAUCCGAUCCGCAGAAGCACAUGUUUUCGGAUAGCCCUCAUGGCAGCCCCAACCACGUUCUCAUCAACGAAUAUCUUCCCGGACAGGGUAUAAUGCCUCAUAAGGACGGCGCAGCUUAUCAUCCGGUUGUCUGUACUGUGAGCUUGGGAUCGUCAAUUUGUCUUGACGUUUAUGGCACCAAAGAAGAAGGAACUACCGAGACUGAGCCAAAAUGGAAAAUCCUACAGGAACCUCGAAGCUUGUUGAUCACAACUGGUGAGAUUUACACUGACCAUCUUCAUGGCAUUGCAGAAGUUGAGGAGGAGAUAAAUCUUGGUCCCUCUACGGUGUCAAACUGGAAGCUUCUCCGCAGCACAGACGAGAUUAUCGAAGGACGAUUCAAGCGCCUCCCACGAACGAGCCUCACUUAUCGAGAUGUCAUCAAGGUGUCAAAAUUGGGGGCCAAAUUUGGAAUAUUUGGCAGCCGCUGA